UUCAAGGAAGCCAAAAGACAUGAAAGAAAACCAGACACAGGCCUAAUGUUGUUCUCGGAUUAAUUCAGGACCACUCAAGUGUAUCCGUGUUUUCAAUCGCCUUUGUUGUGCUAAUACCAGAGUGUAAAAAAGUGUGCCAGUAGUGAAGAUUUUCAAAAGGAUGUGAUUAUUUGGUUCAACAUUCGGAGAUGAUGACUGCGAAUCCUACAUAAUGAGUUUGAAGGAGUUCAACAAACCUCGGCCGUCCCAGGCUCUCAAUCGCAGCAAAUCAUUCACCAGCCAACUCAACCAGGGGCAGAAAGGAGGUCCCGAGUUAGUUGAGCCGGAUAUGGAAAUACUCUCGCCCAUAUUAGGCGUACACGGCACGGGCAAGGGGAGUACGUUAGCAAAGAGUGGACACGGCAUGAAGAAGGCACCUAGGAUUCCCAAGUCACCGCGGCCUCAGCGCACUCAGGUGAUGUUUGAGAGCCUUCGGUUAGGACUCAAGGACUUUAUCAAUGCUACCGAUGAGGAUAUACAAACAUUUAAAAGUGAAGCGAAAGACCAGGGCAGUAGCUCUACUGAGUUGAAAAAAGCGGAACGCUUCAAACAGAAACUCGAGCAACAACUCGCGAAGGUCGAGGAGUUGGAAAAUGACUACAUUCUCCACCAGCAGCUGUGGGAAGGCGUCAAGACGAUGGCGAGGGCGUUUGUACACUCCCCAGGCAACCAGAGGGAGUCGCUGUCACACGUCAAGUCGGGGUAUAAAGAAUGCAUGCAAACGAUGUGUGCCAUUGAGGCUCAGCUAGAAAAUAUGCUCGGGACAUUCAAAUGUAAAAUUAAAGGUAUGGUAGGUUUCGCUCGUCUGUGUCCUGGCGACGUAUUCGAGGUGACGAUAAAGCAUGGGAGGCAGAAAUGGCGGACGAAGGGAAAAAUAGGACGGAAUCAGACACAGCACUGGGACAAUAGUAUUAAUACCCUCAAAGCAGUUGUUGGUGAUAUUCUUAGCAUAAAGGCUGUUGAAUGUAAAGGGCUGGGGAAGUCCUCGAUCCUCGGCCAGAAGUGCUGUGAAACAAAGGAAUUAUUCUCCUCCCACCCGCAGAUGAUGACCAUCAGCGUCAAUACCAACGGCUCACUCAAGUUUAGUGUCAUUAUAGCUUGGGAUCCGCUCGAAGGCUGUGAUGAGAGUUUCAACGCGUACACCCCGACAAGAAAGAAGCAUCAGGCGGCCCAACUCCACAAGGCAAACAGUUCAUUACGCGACGAGAAAGAACAGGAGAGGAGACGAUCCCUGUUGUUCCCUCUGGAGGACGAGGAUUCACCACAUUCUUCGCAAGCACGAUCGACGCGUUCGCUACCGGCCGAACAAAAGAGAAUGCAACAACCUGAACAAAACGCCAAACGGAAAACUAUGGCAGAUUUACGAUCGGAAUCAAACCAUAAAGACUUUCAUGAUUCUCUAAAUAGCAACUCAGUGAAUUCAGACAUGGGACCGUGUUCAUUAUCGAGCCGAUCGACAAAUUCUCGGCCGUAUUCAAUCUCCAGUACCGCUACUGUGGACUUAGCGACGCAGAAACCUCGUUUGUUCGAUAUGCGAAUGUUAGCAGACUCUAUUGAGGAUAGUUCAGUGUCGCGGCAGGAGUAUGCGUCAUUAGAAGAGGCAUUGCAGAGCCUCAUUACCGUACUAGAGGAUUAUCAAGGACAGUAUUCGGAAUUACAAAAGUUAGAAGAGCAAGUGGCUAUUCUUGACGAGAUGCUGGCGAGUAAUGUAUUUGAGGGUAACACUGGUGCUUUAGACACGCAAUCGGCCGAUAUGAGUAUAUCAAUCGAAAAUGCGCUGAUGGCAUUUGAUUUCUUAGAAACCGAGGAUGCUGGAAUUGAAGAUUUUGACUUUGCAAAUCACACAGAUUCAAAAUAUCAGGGAAGUCGCACACCUAGUCUUGACAGAAUUGAUGAACAUGAAACCACUAGUCCAGAAACCAACAACCGGACCUCAGACUCGGGUAUCGAGCUAGCCAACAGCCACGGCGACGAUCAUCACUCUCAGAGUGGGAGUAUCGCCUCGUCCAGUCCCGAAUCGUCCACGACGAAUAAUUCCGAAGUGGACAGCUCCCUGCUGUACCACCUGAGCUACUGUGAGCGCCUCCUGGACAGUUUGGGCGGAUUUGGCCCGUUGAAAUGCAGGGAGAUAUACGCUUUGGAGAAGUUGAAGACACAAUCAGAUAUCAUUGAGGAUUUGGUCAAAAUUGCCAAGAAGGGUCCGAGCGUACGAGAUUUGGGUGAAGUGAUGUUACGUCUUGGUGCUACCCAGCAAGCGCAGGGCUUCUGGCUGAAGUGUGUCGACCGCAACCUCCUUGUGACAUCACCACAGAAGCUCCUACUACAGCUCGAGAAGGUUUACGGCGAGACCAUCUCGAGGAAGUAUGACGUCCAGGCAGACAAAGAUCUGAUAGACCCGUCACCUGGAUACCCUCCACUUAUAGUGCUGCGUGGUGUGAUUGCCCGAAUCCUCGACAUCCCGGCGUUUGAUCCCGACCGCUACAGCAACCAGGCGAUCACGCUGCACCAGUUCAUGUCGUUCUUCAACCACGAGGAUAGAAUCAACAUGGCUGACUACAUUGAGGAGUUAGCAGGAGAAAUGUGGAUCAUCGGCCGCUUGAAGUCGGGCAAUGCGGACAUUGUAAUCAAGACAAUCCUCUCCUUCCACAAAUGCCUCCCGCCGAUGGAGUGUCUUAAGGUUCUUGCGCUCCUCCUCAUCUCUGACAACAGCGAGCUGAAGGAGACGGCCGAGAGUUACCUCAGGAGUCUGGGCUCUAAUCGGGUCCAGAGGAGCAAGGGCAUGAUCGUGUUUGUGGAGAGUUUAGAGGAUCGCAACGCUGAUGUCAGGUGCGCGGCGUGUAUUGCUUUACGGAUACUCAAGGCAAGAGAGACAAUAGACCAGCUGGUGUAUAUCGCCGAGACAGAUAAUUCUCACGUUGUGAAGGCAAGAGCCAAGGAGACGCUCCAGUCAUUUGGUGAUGAAGGCACGAAGGCGUUACAGACGGCCGAGCUGUCAUCUCACGGCUUCCAGGGAUUGAGUAUGAACAGACUCUAGUGAGAGGCGUGGUGACGAUAACGUGAUGUGUUCAGAAAGUUGUGUCAGGGAAAGUCAUUUUGGACGUAGCCAUGAGUAUUGUGAUGUAUAUAAGAGGGAAAAGUUAUGACAUUUUACGGAAAGAAUGACUGAAACCGUCAUUUGGAAGACAAUUUCAGAAUUUUCAGGAUAUUUGUGACGAGAUAGUUCAAUCAUUUAUGAUGGUCUUGAGAUAACAUGUGUUGUGUCAGGGAUUGAGGGAAAGUGACAAUGUUUUAUGAAAAGAAUGACAGUCGGAGACCAUCAGUUGGUUGGGAGACAACUUAAGAAUUUUCAGGAUAUUUGUGAUGGGAUAUUUUAUUGGAGAUGUUUUUGAGAUAACGAGUGCUCUGUCAGGGGUACUAUGAGUUGAAUUGAGCAAAAGUGGCAACAUUUUAUGAAAAGAAUGACUGAAACCAUCAGUUGGAAGAUGAUUUCAGAAGUCUUAAGAUAUUUGUGACAAGAAAGUUGAUUGGAGAUGGUGUUGAGAUAAAAAGUGCUGUGACAGGGGGAAUACGGGGUGAAUCUGAUCGCAAUUGUUGUCGCUAUCAUUAACAAUCAAUGUGAUUUCAUGAUAACGCCUGAAGUGAAGAGUUCUUGGGUAGGUGAGAUGCGUUUAUGUGGUAUGCAGGUUGCUGUAUAGUGGUUUCUGGUUGUCCUCGGAUGCUGUGUGACUAGAUAGAGGAAAUCUUUAAUGUGUCAGUUGCGUGAUAGAUGGCACGGAGUUGAUCUCAGGCUACAUAUCAGUGAACUUAGAAUAGAUUGGUUUGGAAGGGACGGGAUGGGUUCUUAAUUUAGAUUUUCUGAGAGUUUGGAACGGGGAGAGUCGAUGUUUUGUGCAUGGAAUAAAAAUGAUUGAAAGUUGUUAUGUUGAGGACUAUUGGUGAUAUUACACCAUAUUCGGACUAUGCUAAAUGUCUAUAAACUAAUGUUAAUAUCUAACUGAUGUUGAUACAGUGCAACUUUGCUUAUUAUUGGUAAGUGUGCUGCAGCAUUUGGAUGCUUAAUUAAAUGGUUUGGUUGGUCAUGUUAAAAAACUUGAAGAAGCUAUGUGUCGGGAUUAUAUACAUGUUAAACAUAGGCUGGUGCUGAUUCAUGAAGUUACAGCUCUUCAGUUGACUCUGUGUGUCCACUUUGUAAUUAUUAAACACUGUCUACUUGACAAACCAUGUACAAGCAGAUCCAGAGCCAUGCAGCAGAGUUCUCCACAGGGUUUUCUCAAGGUAGGGUGCUACCCUUGAUAUUCAAGAGGUUUUGCCAGUGUGCACCACAAAGUUGGGUGGCCAGCAAUUGAAGGAAGGGCGUCCCUAUAGAAACCCUUUACAAAUUUCUAGAGCUAGGUGGGGUGUUUGGUAAGCUGCCAAGGUAGGGUGGGCCGCCCUGAGAAAUGGCCUUGUGGAGAACAUUGAUGCAGAGAAUGUGUUUUCCUUUCUUGUGGGGGUAGUUGAGAGAGUUCAGAUCUGAUGGCAAUGUUCAUGUUGGGGAAUUCAUAUGGUAAAACUGUCUGUCACGUCCAAUUGUGUAAGUAAUAAACGUGUAAUUUUAUAAUUUUGAUGGAAAAUUUACCAAUUUACUGCAAUAAACCGUACUGCAAUAUCAGAACGUUGUUUUGACAAACAUUUUACACAGCGAGGUUUCAGGGUUUCUAGUAAAUUGAUUUUAAAAAGUAAAGGAAAAAUUCUUCAAGAAUGGCUGUGGGUCUGUUUACAACUGCUGCAUGUAAAUACUCGAUCUGUAUUUCCACAGUUAGGCCUACUCCGAAGUGAGUCAGGCCCUGUAUGUGUCCCUGACAGGGCAUUUCUGCCAACUUAAAACUUCAAUAGCUACAUGUAGUGUUGAAUGUCCGAGCUGUUAGAUGUAGCUAUAGAUGUCUUCAUAUUAACACUACUCUGUCCAAGAUCAUGGCUGCAGCUAGAUAGGGGAGCACGUUCUCCCUCCUCCUAAGGAUCACCAAAAAACACGCUUUUCAUGUAAAUUCAGGCCCAUUUCUGACUGAUGGAAGGGAGGUGUUUGGUUCACAUGCCACAAAUCUAGCUAUGGGCCUGAUUAUUCUCAGUUAUGCACUUAAAUAAAUAUCUUAUGUGUAGUCUUCGAUCAUGCUAUAUAUCCUGGGCAUCUUCAUAGUUUGUCAAGUUUUUAAUCACACUCCAUAUUCAUGUAUCUAGACGCUCUUUGCAUAGUCACUGUCAGUAUUUUGCAUAGCCUCGAUCUGUAAAGCAUUUUUAAAAUUAUUGAUAAAGUACUCUGUUGUUGUGGGUAUAUGGUGAUUGGUCUAUGGCAAGCAGCAAAUUGCAGUCUACUUCUUCAUUUGAAAAUGUUUUAUACAACAAAAACACAGCCAUAAAUUGAACCUGUCGCUGCGUGAAAUUAUUUAAUGGACAUUUUCAAGUCAUCAAGUUAUGAUACCGAAAUUGUGUUUAGAACUAGCUUGUUGGCAUUUGUGUUUAAGCAAAAUCGUAGCCACUGACUUUCAGCUUUAAAAAAAACAACAACAACCAUUACCUGGCCAACUAUUAUCUUUUUGUUCAGUUCACUCAAUUAUUAAAUUGACUCCAUUAUCGAUGCUGGCAGCAUUUUAAUCAACAAAUUGAAAAGACCUACUUCCAUGUCUCUGACCUUACAUUCACUACAAGGGAGAAUGUGUAUUACUGUAUACUCCAGUCAAUCCAAAAAUAAAUGGAACAAAUUAACAUUGUAGCCAGGAGCACAGCAUAGUCUGUUGUGAAUUUUAGGUGUACGUGUAUCCCAGUCUGCAUGAAGCCAAGUACUAAUUAAAAAAAUUAGUCUUUAUUAAUUUUUGAUUAAACUAAAGGUAUAAUUCACAGGUCCAGUUAGGAGUUGGCUAUUGUAAACUAUCAAAGCUAGUGUCAGCUUUUUGGAUCAACUUAAGGUUAGCUAGAGUAUAGAUCCAUAAAGACCAGUACAUAUUGUGGUGCUGUGUCUUCACUAGACAUUAAUGAGGAACAUUUAUGUAUCUCGUUUAUUUGGACUUGAGUAUCGGUGAAAAUUUACUCUGCUCCCUUUAAUUUGUCCCUGUUUUAAGGGUAGAACAAUCCAAUAAUCAAGACAAUGAGUUAGAGAAGAGGGUCAUUUGAAUGCUCUUGCAUUUUUAUCAAAGGAGGACUAUAGGCAGGAGCUGUGUGGGGCCGGAUUCGAAGAUAUCUGGUGACUUAAUAUGCAGUUGGGGGACUGGGUUGCAUUUUAUUCAGUGAUAAAUAUAUUCCAUGUACAAGCACGAAAAGUUAUGAUGUACCCGUACUGUGAGAUCAAGGAGACCCCUACUACUGGCAAAUUUAUUCAACUUAAUCUGACCUAAAUGUACCUGCCUCCUUCCUGUAGUCUCCCUUUAAAGUGUUGGUCGUAUUAUAUUAUCAUAUUAGUAUUAUGAUAUUAUCCAAACCAAACAUUAGUCAUGUGUUAGUCAAGUGUUCUUAAUAGAAUGGCGUGCAAUUAAUCUUUUAUGUUACUUCUGAGGUCAAUGCCUCAAUAUGUAAAGUCUAUUGGCAAAAUGGACAUGCACACAUGAUUCCUGAAACUUUCUCUUCAUCAGGGAUGCUAAGUUCUCAGAGCAGUUACAUUGCUUUGGCAUAAAUUAUACGUUGGGCGAUUAUUUGGUGCUAUAAAUAGUGUGAAUAGUUUUCUCCUUGCACAAAAUCGCAUGUCCCUGAAGCCUCACCAAGCUUAUCUUUGUAAAUAUUUUUCAACUCUUCUCUGAAACCAAGGCUGACAAGUUGAUUGAUAGGAUGGAGUAAUCGUUGCAAUCACUGGCAUCAAAAAUCAAUUUUUGCUUGUAACAAAAGUAGAACAUCAUAGGCUACUGAAGCCCUUCUUGUGAGGCUUACACUGACUGCAAACUCCUUCAUUUUUGUGAACCUAAUAUUUUUGCAAAUUUCUCGUACGUAGCAAAAAUUACUGAUCGAUCCAAACUACAUAUUUGCUAAAAUUUACGGUGGCAAGAGUAUGGAAAGGUAAUCCUGAAUCAAUCCAUUGGAAUGGCUGUUAAAUUAUUCACUGUUAUUCCUGAAAUUGUCCUUUCUCGAAUAAGCGGUCGGUCAAAUGGGAACACCUUUUCCUCCUUGGUGAUGUAAAUAUCAAUGUCAAAAUAUCGUCAGUUGAUUUUGACGCAGAAGUAGCUCGAAAGCUAGAAUUUUCUGACGUAUUGUAUAAAGCCUCAUGACAAUAUUUCUAAUGAAGAUAUUUAGUGCUAGAAUUUGUUUCGUGUAAUUUUUGUGAAAUUGGAUAAUUUUGUUACCAUGAUUAUGUACAGUUGUUUGUAUUUUUGUCCAAGGAAUCCUUGGCAAGCAUUUGAUAUAUAUAUCUUCAGUUCUUUUGCACAGAUUCAUUUGCAUAUGUAUGCUUGACCAGAAUAUUUGCGCCAAAUGCGUGUUUGCUUCCUUUUAGCGCCCUCUGACUGAUUUUAAAAGAACCUGCGAAAGCGUGUAGGAUUAAAAUAAAACUGUACUGAAAAUUGACAACAUCAAGUGCAUCGCAGACAACAAAUUUUUAUCUCAGUGACGUGCGAUAAUUAUUGCUGCGAUGAGCAAUUCAAAAGUAUCAUUUGUGUGUGAUGUGGGUAAAGACAUUUGUCACAGUGUUCUUCGAAAUAAAACAGGCUUGAUGUUUUUAUCAGCCAGUGAUGACUAAUUUUAGCUGCAGGCUCCUGGAAGCCUGGCAGACAAGUGAUUUUUGUCACAUGUGAUGAAAAGUUCUUUUUUUGGUGCUCUUUAGUACCAGUACCAAUUUUAAAGAGUUUCAAUGAAGUUGAUGAUUUGUUACUUGGAUUAAAAACAAGCUUGAGCUGUUUGAUUAACUUAUUGAUAGUUGCUCUGCAUUUUAUGAUAGUCAUUUCAAGUCGGCUACGAUACAAGUCUGGGCAAAUUUGCUCCAUUUUUUAAUCAGUCUUAGUGCACAUAGGGUCAAUUUUCAUCUGCCAUUGAUGUAAGAUAUUAUGCUAAUUAUUUGUCAGCAUCAGAUCAUAAGUUAUGUGUACUAGUGUACAAAGCAAUUUUAAUUGGUUAUUGUCAAAUAAAUGCCAAAUAUCAAUAUUGGAAA